AUGACAGGCCGGGAGCUUGCUCGGGAGAUGGACAGGUUGCAGCGAUCCCUGGAGAAGCGAGAUGACUGGGCCGAGCGCUGCCGCGCUCUGAAGAGACUGCAAGGUUUAGUGAUGGGCAGCUCGCAGCUGGAGGGUUUCGUGCCCGCUUUGCUGCGGUUGCGGGAGCUGCUCUUGGCGCAGGUCACCGACCUCCGCUCAGCGCUGGUCCGCGAGGCCUGCGUGGCCCUGCGGCUGCUUGCCGAGGCGUUUGGCGGCGAGAUCGAGGUGCUGGCUGCGGCUGCUCUUCCUGUGCUUCUGCGCAGCACGUCCGUAACAAUCCUGGUCAUUGCAGAAAGCUGCUUCCGCUGCGCUUGCGCCAUCGUCGGAGCCUGUCAGGCCCCGCGAGUUGUCCAGGCACUUCUGGAGCCUGUGAGUGCGCGCAGUGGUGUGCAGCGUCAUCGCGGGCUGCAGGUGCUCCUGCUGGCUCUGCAGAGCCAUCCGACGGAGCGGCUUGAGCGUCUGGCCGAACCGCUGCAGAAGGCCAUCCGUGAUGGUCUCGAAGAUGCACGUGAAGAGGUCCGUGGCUCGGCCCGGCAGUGCUUCUGGGCCUUCACGCAGAAGUUCGAGGAACGGGGCCUUCGAUUUCUGGCCCUUCUGGAUCCUGCAAGGCAGCGCCAGCUCAAGGCAGAGGCCCCGACAGGCGAAGGGCUUCGGCGAAGCCCUGGUGGGCCGAAAGCCGCGACGUCCCUGCGGGCCAGGUCGGCCUCGCAGAAGCGCGCCGCGGACAACGAGGCCCAACGGCGACCGCUGGCUGAUGUGACAGCUUCGACGUCGCAAGAGAAGAGGAUGCUGCUUCGAUCCGCCUCCCAGAAGCUCAUGGCCAAGGACCGGCAGCCGAUAUCGGAUCUGAGCAAGCAGAGACCGCAGAGAAGUUCCGCAGGAAAACUCGAGGGAGGAGAGAGCGAGAUCCAGCCGUCAGCGCAGCGAGCGCCGCAGCGACUGCCCUCCGAGCCCGAAGCCGAGCCUCGCGGCCCGGAGGAGGCUUGGCCGUCCUCUCCGUCCCCGCGGCACGCCAGAGCUGAGCCUGCAGCGGAGCCGAAGGCAGAAUGGCCGCCCUCCAUGGAGCAGCUGGUCGAUGCCUGCUUGAAAGGCAGUGGCGCCGACGCCCUCGUGGAAGCGCUGCAGCCAGAGAAGCCACAGGCGCGGCCCAAGGCCUCUCAUGCGCUGCGGGCCCUGCACAUGGCACUCCUUGAGGCGAACGGGCCUGCCGCGCAAUUGGCUGCGGUGGAGCUGCUCGAUAGACUUCUCACUGGGUCGGAGCUGGUCCGAGACGCCAUCGCCGAUAAGUGCGUGGCUGCUCCCCUCAUGGCUGCACUGGCACGAUGUGCCGUGGCACACAGAGCUGCAAAAAGGGUUCUCGGCAGGUGGUUCGUUUGCGACGAGCCGCCCCCACCGCCGGCACCGUCACCAAAGCCGAACGCGGCGGGCCUGCCAUUGCGCCGAGGACGCGUGCAGCCAGAGUCGUCGGAGAAGGAGGCGCUUCCUUCGCUGACGGCGCUGCUGGCUUCGCGCCCUUGCACCGAGGCGUCGACCUUGCGGGCCCUGGCUGCUGCUGCGAAGGCAGAAGACGAGGAGACGUGGAGAAGUCAAGGCGGCCGGGUUCUCAUCUUGGCGCUCAAUGCCCUCACAUCCAGCGGUUCGGCCCGCGAGGUCCAGGAUGCCUCGGUCUUGUGCAUACAGGAGAUGAUUCUUCACCAUCCGGCUUGCGUGGCAGACUAUGCGGAGGUCGUGGCCUCCAAGUUCUUUGAGGUCUCUGGGCGCGCUGGCCCGGAUCGCAAGCUGACCGUGGGCCUUGCGCGAGCUCUAGACCAUCUCUUGGCCUCCAUCGAGCCACUGAGAGCUUUGGAGAUCCUGCUGCCGCAGGUCUCCCAGAACUUCGAUCUGCUUUGUGCGGCGCUGCGAAGGCUCCGACCGGAGCAGAUUCUCGAGCACCUGGACGUCAUCGUCGCGCCCAUCGUGGCUGCGGCAGAGACCGACUCUGCGGAGAUGCGUAAGGCGGCCAUCUUCAGCCUGGUGGACCUAUAUUUGAUCAUGGGAGAGGAUGUUAUGAGCUACUUCCGCCAGGAGCUUUCUCCCAGCCAGCUCAAGUUAGUGACACUGUAUGCCGAGCGGCAGCAGUGCGACAGCAGAGGGGCCACAGUCGAAGCAGACUGA